AUGGAAGACGACGAACUCGCACAAAUCCGCGCUCGCCGCAUGGCCGAGCUCAGAGCCCAGUCUGGAGGGGCCCCAUCAAGCGGCAUGGGUGGUCUCCCUCCCGGCAUGAGCGGCGGAAAGAAGGAUGAGGAGGAACAGGCCAAGAAGAGCCAAAUGGAGGAGAUGCGCCGCACUAUGUUGAUCCAAAUCCUGGACGGCGAGGCCCGCGAGCGCUUGUCGCGCAUUGCGAUCGUGAAGGCUGAUAAGGCGAGGGCAGUCGAAGACCUUUUGAUCCGCAUGGCCCAGGGCGGUCAGGUCCGCGCCAAGAUCACAGAGAAGCAGCUCAUCGAGCUUCUCGAGCAGGUCAACCAGCAGACCAAGAACGAGACCAAGAUUGUCUACAACCGCAGAAAAUACGACGACUCGGAUGAUGAUGACUAUGGCCUGUAA